AUGGCUGGACAAUCGAAGCCCGUGCGCCUGUCUCCUUGGGGAAGCGCAGUUGCGGGCGCAACGGGCGCUGUUCUAGCGAAUGCGCUGGUAUACCCAUUGGACCUGGUGAAGACGAAACUGCAGGUUCAAGUCAAGCAGACGAAAGGCGCCGAGGAACAAAAUGAACAAAAUCAAGUCGAGCACUAUGAGGGGACCGUGGAUGCCAUCACUAAGAUCAUGGGGAAGGAAGGUGUCACCGGCUUGUACUCGGGCAUUGCUGGCUCGCUGCUGGGAGUUGCCUCAACAAACUUUGCGUACUUUUACUGGUACAGCGUCGUUCGCACUCUCUACAUGGCUUACAGCAAGGCCGAGAAGAACCCCGGCACUGCGAUCGAGCUGUCUCUUGGUGCGGUUGCGGGUGCAGUCGCCCAGGUCUUCACCAUUCCCGUGGCGGUCAUCACCACACGGCAGCAGACACAGCCCAAGGGAGAGAGGGAAGGGCCUUAUCGAGACCGUUUGAUUCUGGUUGUCAACCCCGCUAUUACCUACGGAGCUUAUCAGCGUCUGAAGGAGGUGCUUUUCCCGGGCAAAAAUAGCCUUAAGCCUUGGGAGGCUUUCUUGCUCGGUGCCAUGUCCAAGGCUCUUGCGACCAUUGCGACCCAGCCUCUAAUCGUCGCGAAGGUGGGUCUGCAGUCUCGUCCUCCCCCAGGCCGACAAGGCAAGCCCUUCAAGACCUUUGGUGAGGUCAUGAAGUACAUUAUUGAGCAUGAGGGUGCCCUCUCUCUCUUCAAGGGCAUUGGUCCCCAGAUCAUGAAGGGACUUAUGGUGCAGGGUCUGCUGAUGAUGACCAAGGAGAGGAUGGAACUCCUCUUUGUUGUCCUGUUUGCGUACCUCCGCCGGGUCAGAAAAGAGAAGCUGCAAAAGGCACUGGAUUCCGCGGCGGCAAAGGCUAAGACCAGCAUGCCCGCGACCCUCAAAUAG